AUGGCGCUCGCUGUUCUGCAACUCUACUAUGACCGAGGAAACCACCAUGAGUUCGUGUCUCUGGUGAAAGACCUGGCCCGUCCUGGUGAAUUCACUCAAUCGCAGACAUUUGACUUCGAAUUCACACACGUGGAAAAACCUUACGAGUCCUACACGGGGCAGAAUGUGAAGUUACGGUAUUUCCUCCGAGCGACUGUCAGCCGCAGACUGAACGACGUGGUGAAGGAGAUGGACAUAGUUGUGCACACUCUGAGCACCUACCCGGAGCUCAACUCCUCUAUUAAGAUGGAGGUGGGGAUUGAGGAUUGCCUGCACAUUGAGUUCGAGUAUAAUAAGUCCAAGUAUCAUUUAAAAGAUGUGAUUGUCGGAAAGAUCUACUUCCUGCUGGUGCGAAUCAAGAUCAAACACAUGGAGAUAGAUAUCAUCAAGAGAGAAACAACAGGGACCGGACCCAACGUGUAUCAUGAGAAUGACACAAUAGCUAAAUAUGAGAUCAUGGAUGGGGCACCUGUGAGAGGGGAGUCCAUUCCCAUCAGACUUUUUCUGGCUGGCUAUGAGCUGACUCCAACGAUGAGGGACAUCAAUAAGAAGUUCUCGGUGCGUUAUUACCUCAAUCUGGUGCUGAUCGAUGAGGAAGAGAGACGCUACUUUAAACAGCAGGAGGUGGUGCUUUGGCGGAAAGGAGACAUAGUGAGGAAGAGCAUGUCCCACCAAGCAGCCAUCGCCUCCCAGCGGUUUGAGGGGACAUCCUCACACACCGAGGCCAAGACCCCCAGCCAGCCUGCAGAGAACAACGGCCGGCAGUGAGAGGCCACGCAGAGGAAGGCUGCUCUGGAGCCCGUGGGGACAGCAGCAAGGAGGAAGAAAAAACACUUCAGAGACUUCAUGAAAAUAAAUAUCCG